AUGUUGGGAUCAUAAUAAAAUACAUCUCUUCAAUAUGGAUAGAUUAUAAAUUAAAUGUUUAAAAAUAAUACUUGCCUUUUUAUUAUGAAUGAAUCGAAUUGGAACUAUCUUAUAAAUACUAAACAUUAACUUGUCAUUACAUUAAACGAAAAAAAAUAGUUCAAGUUAACGUCAUAUGCCAGAAUAAAUUUUCUUGAGGAAAUUAUCAAUUAACAUAUGUACUUCCUGCUUUAGAAAAAAUCAAGAAAAUGA